AUGAUUCAGCCUGGAGCCCCGCCACAUCCCCUCCUCACCAACAUGGCCAACGUCAACAUCGUCAAGGACGUGCUACACUGCUCUCAUGCCGGCGUCGAUACCACGGUCGACUUGCAUGACAUUCUCUGUGUGGUGACUAGCCCAUCAGGGCAUAGAGUAUUGUUCUUUCACAGAGACCCAGAGCGUGUCUAUCUGAAGAAGUUGGAGGUUACGUCUAUACCCACGGAGCUCGAUCCGUUGGUGACCAGCAUUCCCACGCAUCUGCGUGAAGCUACUGUCCAUGUCGUGAUAUCCACGGGGUCCGGGAUGGGGAAGGCCAAGACGGUCUAUCAAGACGCGGUAAAGCCGUUCCUGGCAUAUGUCGGAGUCAAACAUUCCGCCCAUGAGACGGAGGACACACAAACGGUUUCUCACCUAGCUCGAACCCACUUCUUGGAGCAAGCUCAUCAAGGCAUCGCACAAACCAUCAUCCUUUUGUCGGGCGACGGGGGGUUGGUUGAUAUUCUUGAUGUAUUCUACAGGUCUAAUAAGACAGUCAAUAUUCCUCCCAGCCUGGCAAUGAUCCCUUGCGGCACAGGGAAUGCCAUGGCUAGCUCCAUUGGAUUACGUUCGGGUCCGCUACCAGGUCUCUCGACUUUACUCCAUGGACAUGUCUCAUCGGUGCCUGUCUUUGCGGCUGAGUUCUCCCUGGGCAGCCGGUUGGUGACCGAUGAGGGGCGUUUACGCGUCCCAAUCGACCAGGACGCAAGUGUGCCGCAGAUACUGUGGGGUGCCGUUGUUGCAAGCUGGGGGCUCCAUGCGGCCUUGGUUGCUGAUAGCGACACGGCCGAAUACCGCAAGUUUGGAGUUGAUCGGUUCAAGAUGGCCGCUAAUGAAUUAUUAUACCCAUCGGAUGGUACUUCGUGCCAUCGAUUCAAAGGCCAAAUCACAAUGACUACGUCGGAGAACCCAGAUGAAGCUCACCAUCUGGAAGAUCUAGAGCACAUGUAUGCGCUCGCCACGCUGGUUCCCCGGCUUGAAAAGGAGUUCUUGAUCUCACCGGAUUCGGAGCCUCUUGGAGGCCAGAUGAAAUUCAUUCGGUUCGGCCCUAUGGCCCCCGAGGAAGCAAUGCAAUUGAUGACUCUGGCCUACCAAGGCGGGCAGCACGUGAAGGAGCCAACAGUUACUUAUGCAGAGGUGGAGAAGGUGCGAAUCGAUUUCCAAGAAGAGGAGGAAAGGUGGCGGCGUGUUUGUAUUGACGGCAAGAUCGUGGUGGUCCAGAGGGACGGUUGGGUGGAACUUCGCAAAGAGCCCGGCCGGUUACUCCAUCUGAGACUUGUUUUUGCUUGGAUUUCUCUAUCAUGGAAUCGAGUGGAUUCGAUGCUGAUCACUGCGCGCACGUAUUUGGCAUCUCAAACCCCAGAUCAAGGUGCCACACCUUCCACUGAACGGCCCUCGUAUCAUACCCUCUCCGGGUGGCGGGAGAAUCCGGUGAAUGCCCGCAAAGCAACUGACAUGCUGUUGAUUCACCAAAUUGGCAGUGUCCGAGUGGGCGAAGUGGUCAGGUAUACAAUCACAUACACCCCGGCUGCCGAUCCUAUCCUGCCUAUUCCUUCCGACCUCUACGUCCGAGUGAGAAAUACAUCGGCCAUUCCGCUGCGCGCCGCCUACCUUCACGGCCCUUAUACCUUGUAUGCCGCUUGCUAUCCCGCACAAUUCGACCCGAACACCAAGUUCGAGAAGCAAGGGAUUGAGGGGUUUCCACAGUAUGAGCCAUACCUCAAAGCUGGUGGCGGCUGGGAUGCUACCAUCAAAGUACCGUCUGAUCUCCUAGAGGCGCACAAAUUCGGGUCUCCCGGUCAAGGGGGCCCAACCAGCGGACAGCGCGUCACAUGGAUUGUUGAGAUCCAAUCCCAGGUGAUAUUUUCGAGCAGUGCAGCGGUUCACUUUGAGUUACUGGUGAGCCGGGAUGAGAAGUCUUUGGGGUUCUUCUCUGGUGGUGCAUGGAGCAGCGGAAAUGGUCCUCCGGGAAACUUGCUCGACCACUGGGAGCCGGAUACCAAAGGCAAACAGGUACUGGCUUUGAAGGGAGUGUACUCAAAGUCCAUCACUGCUCACGUUGAUGACACAAGCAGUCUGUGGAACACCCCAUCGUUUCCCUCCGUCAAAGAUGCUUCGACUAUAACUGAGCCAGGGGGUACAGACACCAAGCCCAUAGUCGAAACCUCAAAGUCGGCGGAGAAUUCGGACACCUCAGCAAAGAAAGCUAAAAAGAAAAAGGUUCAUCUUGUCUUGUUGACACACGGAUUGCACAGUAAUCUCGGCGCAGAUAUGCUUUAUCUCAAGGAAAGUAUAGAUGCUGCCACAAGAAAUUCGCACAAGAACGCUCAUCACACCAACACUCCUCAUGUAGAUCCCAUCGGACCAGAAAAUUCCAGGUAUGCCUUCCAGACGAGUCGUGACUUUGAAGAAGAAGAAGAAGAAGAAGAGGAAGUCAUCGUGAGGGGAUUCUCUGGAAAUGCAGUUCGAACCGAACGUGGAAUCCAAUACCUCGGGAAACGGUUGGCUAAAUAUGUCCUGCUUCUCACAUAUCCCGACCAGCCCUACUUUCCUCUAAAGGGUCCGAAGCCAAAUCCAUUCUCGCGACCUUUCAGUGCCCGCAAGGACCGGCCACAGCCAUCGGCUUCGGCCCAUGAAACCCAGGCAGAUGCAACCGACGACCAUCUUUACCAGAUCACAAGCGUCAGUUUCAUCGGCCACUCGCUCGGAGGAUUGGUCCAAACAUAUGCAAUCGCCUACAUUCAAAAGCACUCGCCUCGGUUUUUUGACCACAUCAGACCGAUCAAUUUCAUCGCUUUGGCAACCCCAUUCCUUGGUCUUAGCAAUGAAAAUCCUUUGUAUGUUCGUUUUGCUCUGGACUUGGGAUUAGUUGGCCGCACUGGGCAAGAUCUUGGCUUGAGCUGGACGGCCCCCAAGGUUCGAAAUGGAUGGGGCGCCAUGAUCGCAGGACGCGGUGAUGCUACAAAGGACCCAAGCAACCCAGAGCCUGGCUCCAAACCUCUUCUGCGGAUUUUACCUUGCGGUCCUGCUCAUGAGGUUCUCAGCAAGUUCCAACAUCGCACCGUUUAUUCUAACGUAGUGAACGAUGGGAUCGUUCCACUGCGGACAUCGUGUCUACUCUUCUUGGACUGGAAAGGUCUAGGUCGGGUCGAAAAGGCAAGGAGAGACAACGGUCUUGUGGGAACAAUGGCGGAAUGGGGAUGGGCAGAGCUGACUGGAGCGAAUUCCAAAUCGCCGCGGUUUGCUCGCCCCGACGAAGAAUCGCCGCUGAGCCUCUCCACUACGGACAUUGGUCUUCAGAAUACAUCUUCUAUCGGAAUUUCUCCAACCAACCAAGGAGACAGAAGUCCCCUCUCCCCACAGCCAGGGCAGUUCUUGGUGCAGCGUCAACACAAUGUCUCUCACAGAGGCAAUUCAAAUGGUUCCUCGGAGAAUGCACCACUCGGUCCUCUUGACAGCUUCUUGUCAAUAUUCCGCCCCAAAGAAAAGAAAUCCCUUGGCGGCAAACAGUCAAAAAUCUAUAAUCGGAGUCAAACUUUGGGGUCGCUUCAAACCGAUGAUGGAAACGCGCCGCCAGUGGCUCACGGCCAGCAUGAACACGAGGGGGUACACACGCCCCCCAAAACCACGUUCUUCGAAUCUGCAGGAGACUUGUUGAUGCCACCCCUCCCCCCUCCGGAGUUUAUCCUCAAUCCUGCAGCGCGGCCCCGGACAAUCUUUCAUGAUCGCGUAUACCAUCCAGAGGACAUACCUAGCCCAUUACCGGAGAAGCGACGUACCAUGAACUUUGGUUCGCUGCAAAGUAAACAAUCAAAGUCCGCGCCCACGUCGGCCACUCAACAACCCCAGAGUGGCCUAAAGGUCGAGGAGAAGAUUGCAAGGGCCUACCACCGCGAUCUUUCGUGGCGGAAGGUACUUGUUCGGCUGGAACCUGAUGCUCAUAACAAUAUCAUCGUGCGACGCAUGUUCACCAAUGCCUAUGGCUGGCCUGUCGUCAAACACCUGGUUGACACCCAUUUCGGCCACGUCCCUCUCGUGGAUGUAGAGGAUUCAAUGAAGCAGAACGUGGACAGAGCCAAAUCCCCGGGUGUUGGACCGACUAGCUCGGGUGACGAAGUGGAAGGCCAGUCUGGGUCUGAACAUGGUUCCCGCAUCAUCCGGAGAGACACCGACAUACUAUCAAGUGUCUCUGGACUCUACGUGUCAGAAGGGGUGUCCGAUGGCAUUGCCUCCCCCGCCGAGACGGAUUCACCUCGUCCUUUGAGUGCCAGCGACAGAGGGCAUUCCCCAGGGGUAUCCAGACAAGAUUCAGCACGAUGGACGGAUCGUGAGAUUGAUGAAGACGACGACUGUGAAUCUGGUUUGGAGGACAGUAACGCUGGGUUUCGGUGGUCGCGACAUACGUAG